AUGCGACUCUAAUUGGAUUCGCAAAGGGGUUGUUUAUUGUUGGCCGUCGUGUUUUCAGUGUAUAUUUAGGUUUAUUUGGUGUGCUCGGCACUUAUUUAAAGUAUUACACAGCUAAAGUACGUUGACGAACGUCAGUCGCGCCAUAAGUGAAUAGAAGAUGCUGCCUUAGAAACGCCAUAAACAAGUGGCUGCACUGUAAAAAUCUGAAGAUGCAUAACGGGUGCCUUUGUAGGUUACAAUCAGAAAUGGGUCGCAACAACAACCACAGUGCGCAACAACAACAGCGCCUGCUACGGAAUGCUUUCUUUCGCACUGUUGCAACAGCAAUUAAAUCAAUGCCAACAAUGACAGAUCACCUGAUGCUGCACACACGUCUUGCCCAGGUGGGCCAGGAACAUUUACUCAAGUUUUGGCCAGAACUAACAUCGGACGAACGCGCGGAUCUGGUGCGUGAGAUAAACGAGCUCAAUUUGGAUGAGAUUAAAAUGUAUUUCGAUCGUGCCACAAUUUCAAUGAACGAGAAUGGCAUCAAAUUGGAUGAUCGUCUGCAGCCGAUACCGGAUGACCAAAUCCUAUCGAUAGCCCGCACCAAUGAGGAUAAACUGAACUCGUACCGGGAGGAGGGAUUACAACAAAUAAGCAAAGGUCAUGUCGCUGUGCUGCUAAUGGCAGGCGGACAAGGCACACGACUGGGCUUCGAUCAACCCAAGGGCAUGUACGAUGUUGGCCUACAGUCUCACAAAACGCUCUUUCGCAUUCAGGCGGAGCGCAUCCUGAAGCUGGAGCAAUUGUCCAAGGAGUUGACCGGCAAACGGGGUCACAUUGUGUGGUACAUAAUGACAUCGGAGCACACAAAACAGCCGACACUUAAGUACUUUGAGGCCAACAAUUACUUUGGCCUGCAGGAGGAGAAUGUGUUGCUGUUUGAACAGGGUUCGUUGCCGUGCUUCGACUACGAUGGCCGCAUCAUACUGGACGAGAAGCAUCGCGUGUCGCGUUCCCCGGAUGGCAAUGGCGGCAUCUAUCGGGCCAUGCAGGUCGCUGGAAUUCUGGAUGAUAUGCAGCAACGGGGCGUUCUCUAUCUGCAUGCGCACAGCGUUGACAACAUUCUGAUCAAGGUGGCAGAUCCCGUAUUCAUUGGCUACUGUGUCCAGGAGAAGGCUGACUGUGCAGCCAAGGUGGUGGAGAAGGCGGCACCCAAUGAGGCUGUCGGUGUGGUGGCCAUGGUCGAUGGCAAGUACCAGGUUGUCGAGUACAGUGAGAUCUCAGCCAAGACCGCCGAGAUGCGCAACUCGGACGGACGUCUAACAUUCAGUGCUGGCAAUAUAUGUAAUCAUUUCUUUACUGCCGACUUUCUACACAAGAUUGGCAAGACCUAUGAGCGGGAGCUGAAGCUGCAUGUGGCCAAAAAGAAGAUUCCGUUUGUGGACAAUGCCGGGAAACGUUUGACGCCGGACAAACCCAAUGGCAUCAAGAUUGAAAAGUUUGUCUUUGAUGUGUUUGAGUUUGCCGAAAAAUUUGUGGCCAUGGAAGUGCCACGUGACGAGGAGUUCAGUGCUCUUAAGAAUGCCGAUUCCGCUGGCAAGGAUUGCCCCAGUACAGCCCGUGCCGAUCUCCAUCGGUUGCACCGUAAAUAUAUCGAAAAUGCCGGUGGCAUGGUGCACGGUGACAUCUGUGAGAUCUCACCGUUUGUCAGCUACGCCGGAGAGAAUCUCGCCCAGCUGGUCGAGGGCAAAUCGUUCAGCAGUCCCGUUUAUCUGCGCGAUUCCAUGCAGGGGCAUCUAUAGACCCCUUACAUACAUACAUAUAUAUAUAUAUGUACAUAUAGACUGAUGAAUGUGGAUAGUUUUCUGUAUAAAAGAUUUGAUUCAAUUUCAAUUACAAUAAUUAAGGCAAAAGCAUGAAAA